AAGAAAGAAAGAGAUAAUAGAGACUUAAAAAGGUUACUACUAAUUGGAUUUGUGCAGAUACAUAAAACGAGACUCAGCUGCGGAAAUCCCCACCCAAACCCGAACCCACCUCUCUGCGCUCUUUCAUCAAACAGGUUCCUUUCAUACAAAUCUUGUUCCUCCAUCACCUUCUUCUUCUUCUCCCCACCUUUCAAUUAUUCAUCCCCUCGAUUUUCUGCAACUUGUCUCUUCUUCCUUCAUUUCAGAUUUGACUAUGAUCAAGCUUUUUAAAGUAAAGGAAAAGCAGAGAGAACUUGCAGAAAAUGCAAGUGGUGGAGCACCCGUGAAGAAGCAAAGCGCCGGCGAGUUGCGCCUUCACAAAGAUAUAAGUGAGCUGAAUCUUCCAAAAUCUUGUACCAUACAAUUCCCCAAUGGCAAAGAUGACUUGAUGAACUUUGAAGUUACAAUUCGACCUGAUGAUGGUUAUUACUUAGGUGGUAUAUUUUUGUUUUCCUUCCAAGUAUCUCCCAUAUAUCCGCAUGAAGCACCAAAGGUUAAGUGCAAGACAAAGGUUUACCAUCCAAAUAUUGAUUUGGAAGGAAAUGUUUGUCUUAACAUCUUAAGAGAAGAUUGGAAACCUGUCCUCAAUAUAAACACGGUUAUUUAUGGCUUGUAUCAUCUAUUCACGGAACCAAACUAUGAGGAUCCACUGAAUCACGAUGCUGCUGCUAUGUUGAGAGAGAACCCAAAAUUGUUUGAAUCUAAUGUGAGGAGGGCCAUGGCUGGUGGAUAUGUGGGGCAAACCUUUUUCCCACGUUGUAUCUAGACUGAAGCUCGACGCCUGUUAAAAUUUACUAUCAAUGCUUGAAGGCCCAUGGUUUGUAAAAUUGAUUCUAAAAUUGGGAUUUUCCUUUCAUCAGUCUGUUAUUUUCCUUGCAAAGACCACCAAGCGCAUCUUAAAGCCAAACAGAUGGAAUGCUAUUGUAACUUCUGUGCGUUAAUUGAGUGUUGACAAUGAAAUGUUAUUCUAAAGGGGACCAAGCAGAAAAUGGGUUCGGUGAUCAA